AUUUUCUUAACUCUUUUUUUACUCGAUAUCGUUCAUUGCUGUCCAAUAGUCAAAAAGUGAGGUUUAUCUACUGAAGUUUGUACGAAAAUUGUUUCCUUUUUUAUCCCCAAAAUUGCGAUGCAGGAACAUACAUGACGAAGUGUUAAUUAAAGUGUUAGUUUUUACGUUUUGCUUGAUUAGAGAGUUUUCUCAGCGGAAAGAACAACCUGGAGUAGACAGCUUGUCGAACGCAUCGGAAAAUCAAAUUAAGGAGCAGAAAAAUAGAGAUUUUGGGACGAUGUAUAGUAAAAUGAAUGGGUAUCCAUCCACAUUCAAGUCGAGUGGUGGCCGGCUUUGGGGAAUGUCACAUUCUCUGCCAUCAGGAAUGUCGAAUUAUGCGUAUGGGCAGGACUCAGAUUUUUCUUAUUCGUCAAGACCGCGAAUGUUCGAACUGCCUUCAAGUAGCACAUUUGGCAAUGUGCCUCAAACUUCAUCCUCAAGUACAAGCUCUUUAUCUGGAAUGAAUUUCGGACCUGGUGGCAGCAACUAUUCUGGAACAAAUCUCAUAGUCAACUAUCUACCACAGGAUAUGAUUGAACGCGAACUUUACUCGAUGUUUUCAACCAUGGGCCCAAUUGAGAGCUGUCGAAUUAUGAGAGAUUUAAAGACUGGUUACAGUUAUGGAUUCGGCUUUAUUAACUUUCUCACCGAGGAUGCAGCACAACGGGCUAUUAGAUGCUUUAAUGGAUAUACGGUGCGGAACAAGCGCAUCAAGGUUUCACAUGCAAGACCACAAAGCGAAGAAAUCAAGGAAACAAAUCUCUAUAUCACAAAUCUUCCACGAACGAUAACUGAUGAGCAGUUGGAUAUUAUUUUCGGCAAAUACGGCACGAUAGUGCAAAAAAACAUUCUUAGGGAUAAACUAACUGGUUAUCCGAGAGGUGUUGCAUUCGUUCGGUACAAUAAGCGGGAAGAAGCACAGGAAGCGAUAUCAGCCCUAAAUAAUGUAAUACCACAAGGUGGCACACAACCACUAAAUGUCCGAGUGGCAGAGGAUCAUGGGCGAGCUAAGGCUGCUCUCUACGUUCCUUCGUAUAAUUCAAUCGUACACAACAAUCGAGCUGACGGAUUGGACUUUAACAACCGGACAAAAAUCGACGCUUAUCCAUACUGAUAUUUAAGCAAUUCCUCCACGACAAACCGCAAUGGAAUAUAACGACAGAUCAAGCGGGCUCUUGAAAUCACACCAUUCGUUGAUUUUUUACUAGCUUUACACUUACAGAAAAAAUGUACCAGAAACGAUGACUAGUGUUCCUUGGUAUAGUAAGUCAAAAUUAUGACAGUUCAUCCACUGAUACCCCAAAAGUUGAACAAUUGUAUGCAACAAACAAAAGCAGUAAUUAUUGUUUGCUUUUACAUGGAAUGAAAGUAAAUCGCUACUCAGCAAGUAAUAUCGAAUCAAAUUAAGUGCACUCACUUUAGCACAGAGUGUUAAGUUAAACAGGUUAUUUCAAACGUUAAUAGAGUUUUCUAAUUAUCAAAAGAUUACGAUUUCCAACCAGCAUCUUAACUUUAACGGUUUUCUCUCGUAAGUAGUUCUUUAAUAGUUCUCGCAAAAUAAAAAAAAUGUAUACAACAAGCGCUUCCUCCAUCGAAUGAGACAUAUUGUUGCUUGCCCCAUUAUGCUUUCAUAGCAAAAUGUGACAUCUUUCUUUGAAAUAAAGCCGUAGUAAUACAGAUUUUUGGUUAAUCUUGCUAGUAUCAAACUAAUGGAUCAGUCCCAUUCACUGCACUGCGUUUCACCGUCACGCUUGUAACUUUGCUAGGUUGAUAUCAUGUAAUAUAGCUUUCCAAAUCAAUUGUAAUUUGACCAGUACGCAAAUGGAAGUGACUGUACUAUUAUUCGCAUACAAUGUAAAUUUUUAGAUAUUAGGACAAGAAUUAUCAUACCUCACCAUUUCUUCCUCCUCUCCUACUACAGAUGAAAAACAAAGUAGCAAGCAAAACAAAAACAAUAUAGUUGAUAUAGCGGAAACUCAGAGCCUACAUGUCUUAAAUAAAGUUCUUUAAUCAAAGAAAAGUCGAAUCAGAGUCUGAAGGCAUAUAUGGAAAACGUACACUCGAAGAGAAAAUCGGCCCUAUUAUUAAUAACUGUAUUGAGAAAUUUACGUGUCUUGUAUUUCAAAAUCUUAUAUAAAAGAGCUGCAUAAUAUAUUUAUAAAUUUAAGCGUUUCUUGCCACAUUAACUCCCAUAUAUUCCUAUUUAUAAAGUAUUUGAAAUGCAAGCAAGUUGAUGAGAAGAUAAGGCAACACUCAAAAAUGAAACACAAACGUUAUUUGCUGGAGUGCGAUUGAGCUUGGUGAGUAUCAUGAGUUGUCACAGAGUAUAGAUAUGUUUUAAAAAAAAAAAUACACUGCCAACAUGUUUUGCUUGCAGACAUUAUUGUUACAAUAUAAACAAAAAAGAUCUGCUGUUUAACAGAUUGCAUAGUUCAAGCAGUUUACGACUCAUGGUUUGUAGUACUAAAUAUAUCCGAGCAUACUAACUCCAUGGAGAGAGCAUACUUCAAAUAGUAGCGAAGUUUAGGCCUUUGUUUGCGGUAUGCUAUAUAAUCCAUAUUUCCUAAUAUUCUAUUAAAUCAAGGAUUAGAAAUAUGUUGAUCACUUAUUCCUGUUAACAGGGGGUAACGCAAAGUCUAUAAUAUCCAGAAACUCUGAAAACAUACUUGUGAAACAACAAAGGCUACUACAUCGAAAUGUUCGGGUUUUUGUAACCAUUAUAACAUUGAUUCUGGAAUGCUAAGACGUAGUCCGGGAUUAAAAGAAGUUCGAGUACGACAAAUUGUUUUCGGAUCUUCUGACGUCCUCAUUGUACGCCUUGUGCAUCAUAAAUGCCUUGGACUGUAUGACGCAUAUCACGGUGUUCCUAAAACCGUUAUUAACUAAAAAAUGACCAUAAAUUUGGCAUACGGUAUUCGAAAGAUGCAGUAUCCAAGCAUCUUCUCAGUGAAUUUCAAAAUUAUCCAUCGAGGGAUUCGAGAGAUAUGGCGAUUUGAAGUUUUAUGAUACGUUUCAUAAGGCUACCAGCAAACACCCACGGGUUUGGUCCAAUCUCUAUAAACAAAAAAAUAUUUGUCUACUUAUUUAGUACAUGGCAUUCGAAAGAUAUAGUAAUCAAGUAUAUUCCUUGCAAGUUUGAAAAUAUUUCAUUGACGGAAUCGAAAGUUAUAACGGUUUGGAUGUAGUAUGCGGUCAUAGAUGGGUUUUCUACCAGAUUUCAAGCGUGAAUCCAUGUUGGUCCAUUGACUAUUUAGAUCGUUUAUACGUGUCGCGAUUUUUGAAGGAAACCCUUACCAUUUUACUACAUAGAUAUAAUGUACAAAUGGUGUUAUUAAUAUGGUGCACUGAAAAAAUAUGAAAAUAGGGUUGUCUACCAAACGUUAAAUAUAAUGUGUAAUUUAAAAAAAAAUAAAUGAAAGUUGGAAUGUUUACUUCAAAAGGCCAUAUCUCAAUGGUAUGUUGAAUGAUUCUAAUUAUUUUUUCAUUAUUGAACAGGUAGACGUUUCAUCGUUUAUUUUCAUCAAGAAGAAUAUAAAAUAGAGUUUGCUACUUCAAACAAUAGACAACUUAAUUAUCCUCAACUAUAUGUAUUAUCACUAUUUAGUAAAUAUCUUUAUAUUCAAAACGACGACCUAUCAAUUUCUAUACAUUAGUUGAAUGCAACGAACGCAAACUACAAAUCAUGGAAAAAUAAAACCAUAAAUUCAUUACAUAUAUUCAACAAUAUGAAGGUAUUUGCUGAUUCAAAUCAAUUUAUGUUAUGAUACGGUUUUUGUUGGAAAUUUUGUACAAUCGUGAUUCGCUGGUUGGAUUGACAGAUGUUAAAACUGGGGGAUGUUAUUAGCAGGGGGAUCAAAUGGGAUGUUAUUAGUACAAGUUCAUCUGCUCAUAUCUCUAACUAUUGUCAGUUUUAUUGUCGAAUUGAAUUUAACAUGAGAAUUUGACAUUCAGACGACAAUGGACCAACUAGCGGAGGUCCAACUAAAAAGCGGCUCCUGUUAAAAAUUGAGCGACCAGCGAAUCACGACUGUGUUAGUUUUAACAUUUCAUAUAUCCAUAAUUUGUAGUAAACAGCAAUUGCAAUCAACUAGUAUAUAAAAAUUGAUAGGCCGCUAUUUUUAAUACAAAAAUAAUCACUAAAUAAUUAUAAUACAUAUAGUUGAGACCAAUUAUAUUGUUUAUGUAGGCAACUAUAUUUUAUAUUCUCCUUGAUGAAAAUUAACGAUGAAACGUCUAUCUGUUCAAUAAUGAAAAAAUAAUUAGAAUCAGUCAACAUACCAUUGAGAUAUGGCCUUUUGAAGUAAACAUUCCAACUUUCAUCUAUUUUUUUUUAAUUUACACAUUAUAUUUAACGUUUGGUAGACAACCCUAUUUUCAUAUUUUUUCAGUGCGCCAUAUAAAUAACACCAUUUGUACAUUAUAUUUAUGUAAUUAAAUCGCAAGGGUUUCCUUUAAAAAUCGCGACAUGUAUAACCGAUCUAAAUAGUCAAUGGACCAACAUGGAUUCACGCUUGAAGUCUGGUAGAAAACCCAUCUAUGACCGCAUACCACAUCCAAACCGUUAUAACUUUCGAUUCCGUCAAUGAAAUAUUUUCAAACUUGCAAGGAAUAUACUUGAUUACUAUAUCUUUCGAAUGCCAUUUACUAAAUAAGUAGACAAAUAUUUUUUUGUUUAUAGAGAUUGGACCAAACCCGUGGGUGUUUGCUGGUAGCCUUAUGAAACGUAUCAUAAAACUUCAAAUCGCCAUAUCUCUCGAAUCCCUCGAUGGAUCAUUUUGAAAUUCACUGAGAAGAUGCUUGGAUACUGUAUCUUUCGAAUGCCGUAUGCCAAAUUUAUGAUCAUUUUUUUAGUUAAUAACGGUUUUAGGAACACCGUGAUAUAUUUUUUAAACUUUAUAAUCUGUUGUAAUUCUUGGACCUUGGAAGUUGUGACACGGUGCGGUUUAUCCAAACAGUCAUUGGAAUUAUCACUCUCUAACGUGAUUAGGGAAAAGGGCAUGUUUAUAUUUUCCGAAUAAAAUGAUUUGUGUCCCUACGAAUAUCAUAAAAAUCACCUUUUCAUCCAAAAUAAGAAAAAGUCUUGACGUAUUUUUAACUCUUUUCGUGGAAAUAAACAGAAGUCAGAAAAUAAUAUUAAGAAGCGAACAUUUUUGGCACAUGCGUGUUGCACAUAGGGACUAUUUCUAAAUUACGUAACGCAAAAAUUGCCCAAAAUUGUCUCCCCUCUCCCCCCAUGUCACAAAUUGCUCUAUUGCAUAACAAAUUCUUCAAAAAAAAAUUUCUUCGAUAGAAACAUGUUACGUAACGUUCUAGCUUGCUACCCCUCUUCCUUAUGUCACAAUUUGUCGUACCCCCUCCCCUCUUAAAUGCGUUACGUAAGUUAUGAAUGGUCCCAUAGUCAAUCCGCCAACCAGAAAAAGUAGAAAGUGUUAGAAUGAUACAGUGAAGACCCGAUUUUAGCAGCCCCCGUAUUUGUCUGCCCCCUGUUUUAUCAGCUUUUUGACCCGAUUUUGUCAGCCUCAUAUGAAAAUAGAUAGUUGGUAGUUUGAUGGGCUCUAGCAGACGAACCAGGUUGAAUUCGAGUAAAUCGUUUCUUGAGCAUAUUUUUCUAAUAUUAGAGAUCCAAAAUAUGCAAAAAUAAAAUUAUUUUAUUUUUUAAAUUUUGCACUGUCAAAGCCCCUUGAGGGAAAUUUGAACGAAAUAAUCAGAAAGGGUCAUGAGGCUAUAUCUAGGAACUAAAGAAAAAUAAUUUAAGAGCUUUGGUUUAUUAAAAAUAAAGGAAAAUAUUAAUACCGACUUUGUCAAUGACCCCGUUUUAUUAGCCUAAAAUUCACCAAGGGGCUGAUAAAACCGGUUUUCACUGUACAUUAAAUCUCAUAAUAGUGAAAAUUACGAUGCCUGCUACCAGACAUAAACGCAGCACAGCAUUGGAACUGAUUCAAAAUAUAAAAAAAACACUUUACAUUUUACACAACGAAGAACAACAGUAAACCCUGCAUACUGUAGUUAAAGCUGGACAUUCGAUACGGAACAAAAUAUGAUCUUAGAAGCACAGUGCAUAUUAUUUGACUACCAUAACAUUUAUAUGAAGUGACCCAACAUUGUAAACCUCAAAAUUUGACGAUACUUUAUUUUACAUUCAUUUUAGAAUUUGUUCAAUUAUCAGUAUAUACUACGAGACUGAAAUCUCAAUUGCUAUAAAUGGAAUUUUUGCAUGUAGCAAAAAUACUUUUGUACUUUAUUUAGUUUUAUAUUUAAAACAAACAAAAUUCAAUUGUUCGUUAUUCACAUAGAAGCGAGUUAUUAUUUGAUAUCAUAGGAAUAAAUGUACAUACCGUGUAAAAAUAGGUAUCACCAAAUUUCAAGGUCUAUGAAUACUUUUUGGAGUUGUGUGGAUGUAACAAAAAGACUAGUAACGAUGCGGGCGUAACUGUGUAGCGAACUACUUAGCCUAAAACGGUUUUAGUCUUUCAAAUUUUUUUAAUAGUCUCUAUAGCGUAGGGAGACAUUGCAACAAAAUACUAUAUUUGUACUAGCCUUAUUUUACUUGACCAAAUCAUUCCUUCCGUUUGGUUCAUUGUUGUUCUAAUGGAUACAGGUGUUCAACAGAUAGUGAAACUAAGUAAACCCUAAAAGUGAAUGAAAUGUUAAAUCUAGAGAUUAGCUGUGAUUUCGGGUUGUGUCAACCAUAGAACACAAAAUAAUUCUAUAAAUGGAGGUACACGAAAGGAAUUUGUAAUUAUAUUUACCAGUAAUAUCAUUAAAUACAAAAUUAAGAGAAGGAAGGAUAACGUACUACGAAAGACAAAACGAAACCAUUUCCAUUAGUGAUCGCGUGCGAAUUAUUACACAGUAGCUGUUUGAUUUGAUAACUAUUCAGAACUUUUAUUAUGGAAUCAAUUAUAUAUGCCUAUUGUAUAAUACAUUUGUGAAUUCGUGCAGGCUAAUCUGUUUUGGCCUUUGUGAGUUUUGUGAAGAAAAAAUAAUGUAAGUUUUGUGGAGAAAAAAUAAAAAAAACUAAAGAAG